AUGGAAGAUCGUGACUUGAUUGUGGUGGCCUCUCUUGUUGAAUCCAUUCCUAAUCUUGGAGGAUUGUGCAGAACAUGUGAAAUAUUCGGAAUCAAACGUUUGGUCCUCGGCAGCUUGAAAGUGACGAGCGAUGUGGGCUUUGAAAAGUUGAGCGUCACAUCCCACAAAUGGAUGAACAUUGAGGAAGUGACCUCAAAGAAUCUGCCCAUUUAUCUGAGGAGCAUGAGGAACAGAGGUUACAAACUUGUGGGCUUGGAACAGACAUCAAACAGCAGACGGAUGGGUUUCUUCAAAUUUCCUAAGAAGUCUCUCAUCGUUCUAGGGCAAGUGGCGAACGAACGAACAGGCAUCCCCGUUGAACUGAUGCAGUUGUUGGACGAGUGUAUCGAGAUCCCUCAGAAAGGUGUCAUCAGGUCUCUCAACGUUCACGUCAGUGCAGCCAUCUUACUGUGGGAGUACUUCAAACAGACCAAUGCUAUUGCUAUGAACAGUGAAAGUGGCAGUAACAAUUAUAACAUUAACGAAAUUUGA